AUGGCCAGUACCGACACCCAAGCAUCAGUUACGAGCCCAUCGACUGCCGCUGCGAACAAUGAGCCUGCUCUAGUAACAGCACUCUCGAAGGAAUCGACAUCUGCCGCACAAGGGGAGGACAUCAAGACCCUCGCCACGACAGAUGGACCUGCAGCAGCCCCCGCGCCUUCCUCAAGCGCCACAACGACCGAGAAGUCUACCACGAAUCCCCCAGAUGGUGCUGCACCAUCGCCAGCGACACCUGCUCGUCCCAGCCUCGUCCCGCUGGGUGGUGGAAGCCAUGCUUCAUCCACUCCCCAGCACAAGAAGUUCAGCACCGUGGACAUCAACAAGAAGUUCUGGAAGCAGACCGCUACCGGGCCCGGCGCGCCGUCCACAUCAUCUCCCUCAUCAGCAAGCAAACCCUCGAACGGUGGUGCAAGUACUAUAGCCCGACCGGCGGUGCAGACCACUACAUCGCACUCCAGGCUCGUCACUGCGAAGCUGACUGCUACUCCCCAACCCUCCACCACCACCGGACCUGGAUGGUCGCGCCCUGGCUCCGCAGCACCAUCGCACGCCUCUUCUGCCCCUUCCCCCAAUCCCCAGUCACAGCCUGCACCGGGCGCGCCAACCACCGGUUCGAGCGCGGCACCAGCGUUACCACAUGCCGGCAAGGUCAUCCAACCGCAACCCCGAUCUGCUGUCGCCUCGAAGGACGGCCCAGCGGUUGGCAAGGGUCCCGUAUGGGGUGCCGUCAAACGCCCGAGCGAGGCGACAUUCGGCACAAGCGACUUUCCUACAGCAGCAGAGGUUGCGCAAGCAGCGAAGCCGGCCGUGCGAGCACCUUCUAGGGACAAGAAGUCGACUACCCCGUCUGCAGCGGAAGCGGCGGCAGCCGCGGAGGCAGAUACAUUCCGCGGUGUGCACCUCAAUCCCAAGUCGCACCAUUGGGACGAGAUGGAAGAGGGCGACGAUGAUUUCCUAGGGGGCGUCAUUGAGUUCGGCGACGGACGGCAGUACAAGGUCGAUACGGCAUCGGAAAAGGCGGCCGUCGCUGGCCUUCCGGCGGUGAGCAAAGAGGAGCGUUUCGCGGACGACUUUGACCGCAGCUGGCCGCGAUCAGCAACCGGAUCCGUUGCCUCGCCGCCUGCGCCGACCCCGCAGUCGCCGACAGAUUCGUCACGCGUAUUGUUCAACGAGCGCUCGAAUCGCUUGGAGCCUUACGAUCGCGGAAAUCACAGUGCACGCCCUCCGUUGAACAAGUUUGGCUCGAGGGAUAACGUUCAAGUUCUUCAUAGGAGCGAUUCUUCUUCGCAUUUUGGCGGUAGACAGCAUCAGCCACCGGUGUCACCAUCGACUGGCGCAUGGGGCCACGACAGAUCGCACUUGGGCGAUGGCUUCCCUCCUCACGGGAACCAAGACCGAGGGAGGCGCUUCUCGAGCAAUAUGGGACCUCCACCUCUACCUUCUGACCGACGACCUUCGCGUGAAGGCCGCCAACUGCCUCCUCACAUGCUGGCUGGCGCCACAGACACGUCUACUCCGCGCAGGGCACCUUCAUCGCGCAGACCGUCCUCUCAAGCUUCAACCCGUCCAACGCGAGACUCGUUGCUUGUCUCUCCAGCGCUCUCGCACACGUCCGCUGUUGCAACUUCCCCUGAGCUUUCAGCCGCGAUUGCUGCAGCAUCUCCAGUCGAACUGGAGGACGUGCGCAAGGACUUGAUGCACAGUGCAGCUGAGCGUGCAAGGCAGCGAAGACUCCAGGAGGAGGCGGAGCGCGAGCGCGAGAAGGAGCGCGCCAGGCAGAAGGCAGCUGAGUUGGAGGCGCGGAUGAAGGCUGCAGACGAGGCAAAGACUAAGGCGGCGCAGGAGGCCAAGGAGAAGGCGGAGCAAGAAGCGAGGGCUAAAGCAGAUGCUGAAGCCGAAGCUUUCAUCCGCAAUUCUGUCAAUGACACUCCGCCGGGAAAAUCGCCUGAGAUGUCUCCCAGAUCACCAUUGGCAGGCAGACGUGGUCUGCAACGGCCACCAUCCUUCCGAGGCCCCGGUCGACCAGAUAUCUUGCGGCCAGGGAGCAUUCGUCGAACUUCGACCUCGUCAUCUAUCCCGCCUUCGAUCCCAGAUACGCCUGCUGAGAAGGCCGAUACAUGGAGAAGAAAAGCAGACGCUACCCCAGCAGUGUCUCCGCCUCAUGCGCAUGCUCAUGCCCGCCCGCCAAUCCCUGACUUCACGCCGCCUCCACCCAAGCCACCCCCACCUCAACUCCCGCCCGUUGUGUUGGAUCAUGCGCAGCUUGCAACUCAGCCGGGGGAGAUCGUCGAGGAGUUGGACUUCUCAGAUAUGGGUAAAUUUGUUGGUGCACCCGAGCCAAUACCCGAACCCAUUCCUGAAGAGAGGGAAGAACGCGAAGAGCCGCCUCGACGCCCAAUAGAGCGCCCGCCUUUACCUCCGACCAAAAGUGACACGGUUGAUACCUGGAGACGAGCCGGUCAGCCAGCGACGCCGAUCGAGAAGCCGCCAACACCGGAACCUGAGGUCAAGGAGCAGCGGCAAGAACAUUCUACGCCACCUCAGCCGCAGAUCAGUGCCGACAGGUCACCGCCCCGCUUGACGGUGCAGCCGGAGGGCAGUGGUGCUCACCCUCCGAAUCAUCCGAUGUUGAGGACGCCAUCGCAGCAGGCGCGGUAUAGACAGUUCCACGAGGCGCCGAUGUCGUCCCUGAACGACGCCAUGUCGCGUAUCAAGGGUGCCCUCGACGGUAUGCAUAAUGGUGCGCAGCCUGCCACUGGCGCGCAUCAUAGGCAGUCGAGUCAAGGCGAGCCACAGCAUUCGUAUCAGCAAUCACCCCAUCGUGCGCCUGCUACGCCGCAAAUCCUCAAGCCUCCACCGAAGGAUCGGUUCGUCCCACCUCCGUUGAGGCCACGGCAGUUCGAUCAUGAUCAUCAUGAGCCGCGGGAGGUGUUUGAUGUGACAGCAACAGAGCCGCCGCGGUCGCCCAAACCCGCGUGGAAUGUUGCCCCGGUGAAGCUCCCGAAGCAGUCGCAGCCCUUGCCGCCAUUGCCCAAGGUGCCCUCGCGAACAUUCGCUGGUCGCCUUGAGAUCUUCUCGCUCGAUCCUCGGGCGGAUGGUAUACCACGAAGAGAGUUCCUUGUGGAGGAGGCGCUUUUCAAGCAGCCAUUCAUGAAGGGGAAGCCACCCAAGCCUACGGUGUACCUGCCGAGGGCGUCGCUGCUGGGUGGUGUGCCCAUCAUCAGGACACCGCAGGUCAAGUCUCGCACUCUGAAGCCUAGUGAACCGGACAACGCACCUACCUGGCGCAGAUCAGGCCCUUCGACACCCGCGCAAGCACCAGCGCAGCUGGACACGACUAGUCGGUCACCGCCACCUCAGACGUCUGCGAAUGAGGCCGUUGCGUCGUUACCUGCGUCUGCUACGAGAGGGGAACACGGUGCGGCACACUUGCGGCAACCGAGAAUGCCCUUUGGAUCCGGUGUCGCGUUCUAUUCUGGGAGCGAGCCGCAAAGUGCACCGGCAUCGGGCGUCACUUUUACGGUGACGAGCGAGCUUGAGAGUGAGCAGAGUUCACGGUCAAGGACACCAGGCGCUGCGUCUGCAGUGUCGGGGUCGAAGUCGAGUCCGUUACCACCGCCUUCGAUAGUCAAUGGAGCGUCAGCCUCUCCCGAGUUCUCCUUGCCGUCGUUGAUUGCGCCUUCGAAAGGGGACAACAAGAACUCUCCCGAGUCGACUGACCGCGGACCUGUCACGCCUCCUCAAUCUUCUCCGUGGCAUAGCGGAAAAUCGAGGUUACCGGUCAAGGAAUCGCCCGCGCGUGCGCCCGAUCCGGAGCAUCUGAAGGCUGUAUGGUCGCAGACGGCGAAUAAUGGACUUCACCCUGUCAAUUCGCUGGAGGGUAUCGCGGAUGACUUACAGCUGGGCUUCACAUUGCAGGAGGUCAAGUCGGAGGAUGGCGCAACGCCACCACCGUCUAUGCCACCUCAGCCUUCGCGGAUGUCACUGUCUGACGUGACGCGCGCUUUCCAAACAGUACCCUCGUCGGGCUCGACGUCGCAGCAAAAGUCUCCGCCUCCGACGACGUCGCCACCGAUGGCUCGCGCGCCUUCUUCAUCAUUUUCAUCCUUCACGCCAGGCCCACAGCAGCAGAGUCAGCAGCAGCAACAACAUCAGCAGCAGCAGCAAGCGCAUCAGCAGCAGCAACAGCAACAAGCUCACCAACAGCAGGCUCAGCAGCAGCAACAGAUGCGCCAAAGCUACGGCCCGUACCCUUCACCCAUGAUGAGCCCCUCGCCCGCGCCGAUGAUGUAUUUGCCGCCUCGCAUGCCCAACGGGACUCCCGCGCCUCCGCCCCAGCCCAUGUACGGUCAGCCGGUGUGGAUGCCCAUGGGUCCUCCUGGCGCCGCGUCGCCCAUGAUGCGUCCCAUGGCCUCUCCCUACCCACAGAUGAUGACCUACGGACCCGCGCCCACACCCGGUACACCCCAGAUGUACCCCGCGCAGAUGCAGCCUGCUGGUCCGCCGCCUCAGCCUGUCGGUGCGGGCCGUGGGCGUGGGAUGAUGGGCCCGCCACCGCCGCCAAACAGCAUGCCACCGAAUGGGAUGCCUCCUCCAAAUGGGAUGCCUCCUAACGGGAUGCCACCCAGUGGGAUGUAUCAAGCGAGCCCGGUCAUGAUGCACGCGCAGCCGGUGAUGCAGAUGCCGGGGAGCCCGUACAUGUCAAUGGCACCUGCGCCAGGGCCACCAGGGAGGGGAGGACACCUUCCGCCGGGGCAGCCGUACCCGCCGCCGCAGGCCUUCCAGCGGGCGGGGUGGUAG